UAUUACGUAGCAAAUGAAACAAUUUGGUGAGAACUGCAACGUCUUUGUAAUGUUUCCUGCACUUACAAAUAUUUUACACAUUUAAAAAACGUUACGACAACGUUAAAUUUUACCGUUUAUAUUACGUUGCAAAUGAACCAAACUGGUAAAAAUUCAACGUCAUUGUUACGUUUUUCACACCAGCACAAAUUUCGAACUUUACUAACACAUUACUACAACGUCAUUUUUUAACCAUCCACCGACGUUUUGCUGAAUGUCACAAUUUUACGUUGCUUUGACGUUUAUAUAACGGAAAUAUACAACGUCUUCAGUGAACUUAUAUACCACAUAUGAGUGACGUUACAUGGACGUCACUGUUUGCUGGGGUGUUUAUAAUGAAACAUGCAAUCGUUUAUCUACGAUUAUAUCCAACGAAGCCAAAGCGUCUAAAGAAAGAGCGAUACAAAAUAGUUUAGCAGACAGUGGGGCGUCUGGGAUAACCAUGGAAACCGAUGCGUGUUUUUCUGCAUUCCGCAAUGCCAAGAGGAGUAUAACAUUUGGCCUUUGCAACGAAACGCAUACUGUAUUGGCAGAUAAGGUGAAAUCAACAAAUCACGAUGACAGUUCUGUCCAACGACAUGAAACGAUUGCAACAAAGGAAAUUCUAAAUGAUUUCAAACAGGAAGGAAUUAAAGUUCGUUGCAUCGUGCACGAUUCUAACAAUAGCGUGAGCAAGGUAGUAAAAGACGAUUUUCCAGAAGUAAAGGAACAAAAAGACGUUUGGCAUGUGAUUAAAAAUGUUAUGUCAUCUUUCAAAAAAAUUUCGAAAGGGACAAAGAAAACUGAAAAUAUAUGUUGGCAUGGUCAGCUAUUUGAUAAAUAUGAUGGAAUUAAAAACCACAUAUGGUACUCCAUCAUGCACUCAGGAAAUGAUGAGACUCUACUACGAGGCAGUCUAGAUGCGAUCGUGUCACAUUACCAAGGAUACCACGAAAGUUGCAGGCUUACGAGCCAUUGUGUAAGAAACCCAAGAUAUGCCCCAUCUCGUGUGCUCCUUACUGAUCCAAUUGCAAUUGACCUCUUAUCGAAAUUUGUCCAUGACACUUCAAUAUACAAAAAUCCGCAUCUCGUACUAGAAGGACUUAGCACAAGUUACGUUGAAGCGGCAAACAAUGCUUUGCGUUCUUUUCUGCCCAAAAGGCAUUCCUUUGGUGAUACGUCAUUUCAAGUCAGGGUUGAUUUAUUUAUUUUGCAUUGGAAUGAAAAUGUUAAUCGACCAUUCAAGAGAGCGGUUGUUCCUCAAAACGAGGGAACUCCAAGAGAAAACAGUGGGCGAAAAUAUCAAUCAAAGAAAACAUUUCAGUAUUUGGAAAAGAUUUGGAUUAGUUACCUGGAAGCAUAGAUAAAUUGUUUUUAUUCGUAAACAAACGUCCAGAGAAAAUAUAUAAAUAGGUUGAACAUAGAUAAAAAUGUUUUUUAUUAACUGUGAUAUAUAUGUUUGUUUGACUGGGUACUUUGUAUCUGGUUUAGAUUACAAAAAUACAAUAUUAUGUAUCCAGAAAUACAUUCAAAAAUUGUAUGUAGUGUUAUAUGUUUCACAGGCACAAUAGCAGAGUCUUAUGUUUAUUUUUGGUAAUACAACUUCAAUAUUUUAUUCACAAUAUGAACAAAACCUUUUCUGAAUUGAAUAGAAUUGUCAAUGUUUAUUUAUAUUGUAUAUGCAUCCCCAGUUCUUCACUGCCAUUUGUGACCUUGAUAU